CCAAGCUGCACGGGGCCGGCCUCGAGACAGCGCGCCGGUCGACCGUUUCCCUGCCUUCCACUCCCAGUUACCCCUUUUCCGACCCCGUGUCCCGGUUCACGUCAAGUUUCCAGAACUGACGGUGGAAAAGGGUCAGGGGUGAGGAACUUCUUCGAAGCUGCUUCGGCCUGGGAGCCGUGGCCAGCACGGUUGCCCGCAUCGAAUUGUUUGUUUCUUGUCACCUUCCCCAAGGCUGGACUCCCGCAGACGCGACCGCUGGCUUUAUGGAAAUGGAGAGCAGUGUAGAGAGAAAAGUUCGCGGUGAACCCAGUCACUAGUUGCUGGUUGGGAUGACGAGCCACUCUCCCUAGCGCAAUGGCAUGGACCGAAAGGAGAAAUCCUUUCCAGUCGCUGGUUGCAAAGUAAGAGAGAAGUAGGCAGCGGACCGAGGCUGUCCCGCGCAAGAUGGACCCCGGCGAGAGGCUGGGCACGGCCGGCAAGAAACCUGCGGACCUCAAGGGACAGGCGCCCGCGCAUCUGGAAGGACCAGGCGCCGGGACGCUGGGCCGAGGGGCUGGAGGGCUGUGGAGCCCGGAGUUCCAGCUGCAGAGGACAAGCCUGGACGACAGUCACAGUGAACAGCAAGAUUGGAAGAGAGUUUCUGAAGAACUUGUAAUGGUUGUGCAAGAAAUGAAAAAAUACUUUCCGUCGGAGAGACACAAGAAACCGAGUACUCUGGACGCCCUCCACUAUGCCCUGCGCUGUGUGCACAGUGUGCAAGCAAACAGUGAGUUUUUCCAGAUUCUCAGUCCAAACGGAACACCUCAGGCAGAUGUGACCAAGUACAGUCUUGAGGAGCUGGCCACUAUUGCAUCAGAACACACUUCCAAAAACACAGAUACCUUUGUGGCAGUGUUCUCAUUUCUGUCUGGAAGGUUAGUGCACAUUUCUGAACAGGCUACUUUGAUCCUGAACUGUAAGAAAGAUUUCUUGGCAUCUUCUCACUUUGUUGACCUGCUUGCUCCUCAAGAUGUGAGGGUGUUCUACAUGCACACUGCCCACGCUCAGCUUCCCUUCUGGAACAACUGGACCCGAAGAGCUGCAUCACAGUAUGAAUAUGCUCCAGUCAAAUCCUUUUUCUGCAGGAUCCAUGGAGGUGAAGACAGAGAGAAAAGGAAAUAUUACUCCCCAUUCCGGAUUAUCCCCUAUUUGAUUCAUGUACAUAGUUCUGCCCAACCAGAAUGGGAAGCUUGUUGUCUUACACUGGUUGAGAAGAUCCACUCUGGUUAUGAAGCUCCUCGAAUCCCAGUGAAUAAAAGAAUUUUUACCACAACACACACACCAGAGUGUGUUUUUCUUGAAGUAGAUGAAAGAGCAGUGCCUUUGCUGGGUUACCUACCUCAGGAUCUGAUCGGAACAUCAAUCUUAAAGUACUUGCACCCAGAAGAUCGUUCUCUGAUGGUUGCCUUACACCAAAAAAUCUUGAAGUAUGUGGGCCAUCCUCCCUUUGAACAUUCACCCAUUAGAUUUUGUACUCAAAACGGAGAUUACAUCAUACUUGAUUCCAGUUGGUCCAGCUUUGUGAACCCCUGGAGCCGAAAGGUUUCUUUCAUCAUCGGUCGGCAUAAAGUUCGAACGGGUCCACUAAAUGAAGAUGUUUUUGCUACCAGAAUAAAAAAGAACCACAGUAAUGACAAAGACAUAGCAGAAUUACAAGAACAAAUUCACAAACUUCUCUUGCAGCCCGUUCACGCGAGUGCUUCCAGUGGCUAUGGGAGCCUGGGCAGCAGCGGUUCCCAGGAGCAUCACAUUAGCGUGGCAUCUUCCAGUGAGUGCAGCGGGCAUGGUGCAGAGGAGCCGCAGAAGGAACCGAUGACCUUGAAGCAGGUCUACGCCAGUGUAAAUAAAAUUAAGAAUCUAGGUCAGCAGCUCUACAUUGAGUCGAUGACCAGAUCAUCAAUCAAGCCAGUGAAGGGAACACACACGGGACUGCUCGGUGGUGAUGAGCAGAAGGCCUCUUCUUCCUUGCAGACAUUACAAAACAAUAGCAUGUACACUGAGCCUUAUGAGGAUUUGAGGAAAGAUCAGCACAGCCCAUCCUAUCAGCAGAUAAACUGUAUUGAUAGCGUUAUCAGAUACCUGAAGAGCUAUAACAUCCCAGCUUUGAAAAGGAAGUGUAUUUCCUGUACAAACACAACUUCCUCAGAGGAAGACAGACAAAACCACAAGGCAGAUGAUGCCCAGGCUUUGCAAGCGGUUUCUCAAAUCCCAGCUAUACCUGAAUCAAAAAUGCCAACAAAUGGACAGUCCACAGAUGCCGAAGGAGGUGUCCCGCGGACCAUGUCCACGACAGCACUGAACUUGGGCUCAGGCAUAAGCCAGUACAGUUACAGCAGCACCAUUGUCCAUGUCCCGCCCGUGGAGUCAGCAGAAAAUGCCACCCUAGCAUGUGAACCCUGGACCCUAAACACACAGCCAGCUCCUUUGGCCUCAGAAGAACUGAAGCAUAUAGGACUUACAAAGGCUGUUCUGUCAGCCCACACACAGAAGGAAGAACAGAAUUAUGUUGAUAAAUUCCGGGAAAAGAUCCUGUCAUCUCCCUACAUCUCCUAUCUUCAUCAGGAAAGCAGAAGCAAAGCUAAAUAUUCAUAUGUUCAAGGAGAGACUACUUCCAAGCAAACCAGUUCAGCUGGUUACAAGAAAGGGAAGCACAAGCGGAAGAAGCUGCCUGUGCUGUGGGACAGCAACAGCCAGAGCCCUCCUGAUGACCUCUGUUCCCACGGCAGGGGCGAGCUUCAGAACAUGCAACCCUGGGACCCUCCUGCUGCCUCCUCUCCCCAUGCCUCGGGCCUGGCAUUCCCGUCUGCCAUGAUGAUUCCCAGCCAGGCGCCGUAUCUUAUUCCAGCUUUCCCCCUGCCAAGUAUGAGCUCUCUGGAAAGAGAACAUGCAGCCUCAGGAGCUGUGCUGGAAUGUCUGCCUAAGCCACUUCUGCCUAGUGGCCUGCAGUCUUUUCCAGCUUUCCCUUCUCCUAACCUGGAUACUUUUAUGACCAUUUUCCUGCAUGGACCUGCAAUCUCUCCUCUGUCAUCACCGUCCUUCUCUCCAUAUUCAUUUUUGGGAGCAACGGGCUCUCCUGACAUGCCACCCUCAGUAUCAACAGUGACUCCAGACCUGGAACCACCAUUUUCAGGCAUCAACCAAAGGAGAGUCCAGGAGAAAUGGGAGACGCAGAGUGAAGAUCACCCAUUUAUUAAUUCACGGAGCAGCUCACCAUUACAGUUAAACUUACUUCAGGAAGAAAUGCCCAGAUCAUCAGAAUCUUCAGAUUGGAUGAAAAAAGACACGUGCCUAGAAUAUCAUGUUACAGGCAACAGGGGGAACAAGAUCCAUCAUCCUGCUGCUGGCAAACUCUCUGCAGUACUUCACAAGGAAUCUCCAUCUGGAACUGGUUCUACAGCAUCAGGAAGCAGUGACAGCAGUGUUUACUUUGCUAGUAAUGAUCAUUCUUCAGAAAUCUCCCAAAAUGAGCAGCAACCUCAGGAUGUACAGAAAAAAGAACUAUUCCCCGGGGUAGCUCCAGAGUCCAUCUGGAGAAUGAUAGAGCAAACACCUGAGUGCAUUCUCAUGACAUACCAGGUACCUGAGAGGGAUAAAGAAGUUGUACUAAAAGAUGACCUGCAGAAGUUAGAAAGGAUGAGGCAGCAACAGCCGAAGUUUUCUCUUGGGCAAAAGGAAGAGCUGGCUAAAGUGCGUUCUUGGAUUCAAAGCCAGACUCUCCCUCAAGAAAUGGGCAUCCAAGGCUGUGACGCUUGUGAGAACAAAAAUUCAGUGGAUGCUGCAGAAUCCUCUGGGCAGGACCCAGCAGAAGACAGCAGUUGAGUGACUGUGAAGAUGUACCUUCACAGUGUUUCUCAGACACGUUGGACAAAUAAACCUCUUUGUGUAUCUUUUUAAAUCAUAGACUCUUAAAUGGCCAUGAAGUUAUCAUAGAAAGUUAAAACGUAAGGUUUUUCCUUCUUGAUUUUUUUUUUAGUAGAUAAUAAUUUUUUUCUAAAGUGGACACUUCUCUUUGUUCCUGAUGUAUUAAAACUAUUUGGCUCUUGUUCUAGUUCAGCUAUCUUGUUAAGAGAUUGAAUAGCCUCUAAAGAGGUAGGUAUAUGGAAAACUUUAUUUCAUUUGUUACCCAAAAUAAGCUAUAAUUACAGGUUUAGCUAGAAUAAGCCCCAAACUUUAGCAUCAUUUAUUUUGUUAUAAUGCUGCAUAAAUCAUUCUCCCCUGUUAAGAGUACGUCCCACUUAUGGAUCGUAUACUUGCCAAAAUGGUUCCCAUAGCUUAAUACAUUCAUCUAGGCUUUCUGUAACUUGGUUAUAAUACUCCCACAACAUACUAAAAUAUACUGUCCAUUAGCAUGUCUGAAAAUACCUGAUUUUAGGGGUUGAAUAUUUACCUUCAUUCUUGUUGAUGCUUUUCCUUUUGAUGUUCUUCCUUCCACUGAAAUUCUUGAAGCCUUUUCAUAAAAAUUGAGUAGUUUAGGGGUUAGCCAGUGGUAUAGGGGUUAAGGCACUGGACUCCCACAUGGCCGAUCAUGUUUUCAAGUCCCAGAUCUGGUAGCUU